AAAUAUAAAAUAAAAAAGUUAUAUUAAGCAAAAUGGCAGAGGUGGAUCCAGAAACUCUGCUUGAAUGGCUGAGUAUGGGCCAGGGUGAUGAAAGAGACAUGCAGCAAAUAGCUCUGGAGCAAUUAUGCAUGUUGUUGCUCAUGUCUGAUAAUGUGGAUCGUUGCUUUGAGAGUUGUCCUCCAAGAACAUUUUUACCGGCUUUGUGUCGUAUAUUUCUGGAUGAGUUGGCUCCUGACAGUGUUUUGGAAGUAACAGCAAGAGCUAUAACAUACUACCUUGAUGUCUCGGCGGAAUGCACACGCAGAGUUGUCGCUAUGGAAGGUGCCAUCAAGGCCAUUUGUAGUCGCCUCUCCUGUGCCGGACUUGGUUCAAGAACUAGUAAAGAUUUGGCUGAACAGUGUAUAAAGGUCCUAGAAUUGGUUUGCGCUCGAGAAGCAGGAGCCGUUUUUGAAGCAGGUGGUCUUUCUUGCGCUCUGUCAUUCAUUAGAGAACAUGGAGCACAAGUACAUCGUGACACAUUGCAUUCCGCUAUGGCUGUUGUUUCACGCCUUUGUGGUAAAGUUGAACCUCAGGAUAAAUCUUUACCCGAUUGCGUUGAAGCUCUUUCAACUUUGCUACGUCAUGGAGAUGCCCACGUUGCUGAUGGCGCUUUACGUUGUUUUGCCUCUCUGGCCGACAGAUUUUCCAGACGAGGUACUGAUCCAGCACCGUUGGCCUCCAACGGUCUUGUUAUCGAACUUUUGGACAGAUUGUCAAAUGCAGCAGGGCCGAUUUCAUCGAUCAACAUGACGCCUGGCAAUGCCAAAUCUCCAGCGACACCGAGUGUAGCAACCACGCCAAUCACAACAUCGGAAGCUAAAUCCUGUGCUUCUGUCUCCACAAUAAUCAGUCUACUGUCAACUUUGUGUCGAGGUUCCGCAUCGAUAACUCACGAUUUGUUACGCUCAAAUUUGCCGGACGCGAUUGAAAAGGCCUUGAAAGGUGACGAACGCUGUGCUCUUGACACAAUGCGGUUGGUGGACUUGCUGUUGGUACUGUUGUUCGAGGGUAGAUCGGCUCUAGGACGAUCGAGCGUCAACAAUGGCUCAUCAGGGCCUCUUUUACCUCGACUGAGGCGGCUCGAUAGCGCCGGAGAAAAAAGCCACAGGCAACUUAUCGACUGCAUACGAUCCAAAGACACCGACGCUUUGAUAGAGGCCAUUGAGUCGGGAGGAAUUGAAGUUAAUUUUAUGGAUGACGUUGGCCAAACUUUGCUUAACUGGGCCUCAGCCUUCGGUACGCAAGAGAUGGUAGAAUUUCUCUGUGAUAAGGGCGCGGACGUAAACAAGGGUCAGCGUUCCUCGAGUCUCCACUAUGCCGCGUGUUUCGGGAGACCUGCGAUUGCCAAAGUUUUAUUGAAACACGGUGCCAAUCCAGAUUUACGUGAUGAAGAUGGCAAAACGCCCCUGGACAAAGCUAGGGAAAGAGUAGACGAGGGCCAUCGCGAAGUUGCCGCUAUAUUACAGUCACCAGCGGAGUGGAUGUUGCCCCCGCCUGGCCAAGACGAUCGUAAAUUAGAGAGCAACGACGUUAAAGAGUUAUCCGAACCCAAAGGUGAUCCGGAAAUGGCUCCAGUGUAUCUCAAAAGACUCUUGCCUGUAUUUUGCUCAACUUUUCAAUCAACGAUGUUACCAAGUGUGAGGAAAGCCAGUUUAAGUCUGAUUCGUAAAAUAGUUCACUACAUUCAACCGGAAUUACUUGUUGAAACCUGUGGAGCUGACAAAACAAACGGUUGUGGAGCUAUGCUUGUUGAGGUCAUUGCUAAUGUUCUAGACAAUGAG